AUGGUAAUCAAUCAAUAAUUUGUAUUUUUAGUACACCGUAUGCGAGGACUACAAAGGCUCUCUAAGUUACCACAAAGAGGGUCGUAAGUUUGCCGAAAACUAUUGUGAAAAACGCCUGGCCACUGCUCAACUCAACAAUGCGAUUAAUUCAACUGGGUAGGUUUAGAGGGCUCUUAAAGUUUAGGGGAUUUAAGGUUCUAUUUAAUUAAAUGUUUCAAUUUAUAGAUGGGCAUUUUUGGAAGUCGAAGUUCACAGCAACAAAAUUCCGCAUUGGUUACAAGGAUAUGCUGCCGGAUUUGCGGAAGGUUAGCGGAAAAUAUUUUUGAAGAAAAUUCUAUGCAAAAAAAGGCAAAAUAAAGAGAAAAAUGGCGAUUAGUCAGAGGGAAGAAGACAAACAAUUAUUUCGCUUUUUUAAUCCGUCGCAGUGGGAUGGAACGGAGUGUCGUUUGGAGAAAAUAGACAAUUUUUGAAAUUUACUCAUAAAAUGUUGCGGCAUAUUACUGCGAGGUUAGAAGCAAAAUGGCAUAUCGCAGCGAGGUUUGGCGGGUUUUUGCGACUGCCGCAAUAUGGCAGCGACCCGUCACACAAAAAAUUGCGGACGCUCAAGUUUGCGACGUCGCAGCAACCUGCCUGCUAGUCGCCUAUUCCCAUUUUUUCGCAAUGGAGCGCAUUUCCUCUGCCAAAAUUUUUAUUUUCAUUUUUCAAAGUUCCCAAAAUUCCAAAAAGAAGGGCAGUUUAUCUGUAAAACAGCUUCUUCUUUUUGGGUUUUCCGAUUUAUAUUGUUUUUCGUGACGAUGUUUCGUGCUACAAAUCCCAUUUUGCUAAAUAAAAAUCAUUUUCAGCAUAUUCGAGCUGGUUGAACGAUCGAAUUCCGAAGAAGCCGAAAAUCACUGUUUUAAUCGAGUAAGUUUGUUUUUAAUUCGUGGAAUUCCAAUUUACCGUGACAAUCAAUUCGAAAUAUUGCAGAAACUACAACACAAUCUUCAACAUUCAAUGAUUUUGGCAAUCAUCCUGGUAUUGGAGAUGAGCUUUUGGCAAUCAUGAUGGAGCCUGUGUAGGUAUGUUGAAUUCAGAAAAAUCAUCCCAAUAUGACCAUCUGUUUCAGAAUCCAUGUCUGGAACAUCGACAACAUUUUAUGACGAUGUCAACAUGGUUCGCGUGGCUAAAAAACAUCCAAAAUAUCACGUGAGUACUUCGCAAAUUUCAUAUUCAUCCCGUGAAUUUAAACUUGAAAUAUUACAGAAACUACAACAAAAUCUUCAAAAAUGAUGAUUUUGGCAAACACCUUGGUUUUGGAGACUAUAUAGGACACUGGCAAAAGUCCGGAAAUCAAAUCAACUUCCAACUGGCAUCGAAGAAAUCACCCUCGUCGUCUCCAGUCGGAGCCUAUCUCCACAAUCAUGCCUUCAUCUUCAACAAAAUCCCCUGCUCCAGAAGUCUCGACAUCACCAAUUUCUUCACCGCGGAGAUUAAUUUUAAUUUUUCUUGUUGUUCAUUAUUUAUUAAUUAAAUAAACGCUUCUCACAAUACAAAUCUCGAAUUUAUGCUAUACAAAGCGCUAGUAUGCAAGCUGCCGUUUCUAGCGAACAAAAAAAAAAGACGGGUGGCAGCCACACAUUUGCCAGGUCGCUGCUAGGUUAGCGACGGAAAAAAGCACUGCCUGACGGAUAGCGCGCCAUAAGACGGAAUAACCUCGCUGCGACAUUGCAAAAACCUCGCAGUAAUACGCCGCAACAUUUUAUGAGUAGCAAUUUUUAAACUCUAACUUCUGAUAUUUGGCCUAGAAUUCAUCAGAAGCUAUGAUUAGGCAAAAAACUUGGAAAACAUUUAGAUUUAGAACAAAAAACCUAAUUUCUGUAUUUCGACAAAAAGUGAAACAUAAUUCUAGCUUAUUCAUAGAAAACAUAACACGGAAUCCAAAUUCUAAAGGGGGUCUUGAAAUUUAAGGAUGAAGAUGUCUCGUAGCACAGAAUCUGAACUAGAAUUUUCAGUUCAUUAUCAGAAAUUAUCGGUAAAAUCUAGAAAUCAUAAAUAUCUACAAAUGAUUUCCCCCCACAUCAGAGUCUCAAAAAUUUCAGGCAAAGUCACUCGCGAUUUGAUCGAUUUACACAUAAUCAACACAGUAAAUGGAUAUUGUGACGGUGCCAAACAUUUCUGCGACGAAUUGGGCGAAUUCAUGAUUGACAAUUUGAAAUGGAUGGAAGCUGAAAUCAAACAAUUCCCCGAAGAUGAAUAUUGGCAACAAGUCAAUUUGACACUUAAUCAACUUUUCGGACUUAUUCAUGGUUAUGAGAAUACUCUUGGUGCAGAGAUUAAUUAUUCAAAAUUGGCGAUUCAUCCGAUUUUCAUGAUUCAAAUUGCCGGAGAUCUUGAGGACUUGGCCCAAAAGUUUAAGAAACCUGAAAACCCGCAUAAGGUUUAUUCUGGACCAGGACAUUGUUCAGCAUUGGUCAAAUUACUUCCUAAUAAUGCCGAUCUUUUAUUCUCACAUGUCACGUGGUCAAGUUAUUCAACAAUGUUAAGAAUCAAUAAGAAAUACUCAUUCAAGACUGGAGAUCCUGGACAAGUUUAUUCAUUUUCAAGUUAUCCAGCAAGUAUCACUUCUACUGAUGACUUUAUUUUGACUUCGGCUAAGUUAGCAAUUCUUGAGACAACAAUUGCCAACUUCAAUGAGCCUAGCAUGGAUAAAAUUACACCGAACACAGUUUUAACAUGGAUCCGCGCAGAAGUUGCGCAUCGUACCGCUUCUUCCGGACUUCAAUGGGCUGAAGCAUUUGGAAGACAUAACAGUGGAACAUAUAAUAAUGAAUGGGUUGUUGUAGAUUAUAAAAAGUUUUAUCGUGGAAGAUCGUGGCAACCGGAAACUGGUUUGAUUCAUGUUAUCGAGCAGAUGCCUGGCAAGAUUGUGCACAGUGAUAUGACUGAGCAUUUGUAUGAAACAACUUAUUGGCCAGGAUAUAAUCAACCAUACUUUAAGCAGAUUAUCAAGGUUAGUAGGAAAAUACUGUUUUUUUAAACUAAAACCAAUCAGACUAGACCAAUUUUAAUACUGAAAAACCUUUAUUUCAGGCUUCGGACACUGAUAAAAUGGUCGAAAAAUAUGGAGAUUGGUACAGUUACGAAAAGACACCACGAGCCCUAAUUUUCAAAAGAGAUCAUGAUAGUGUAGUCGAUAUGCCAUCCCUUCUUCGUCUUAUGAGAUCAAACAACUACACCAAAGACCCACUCUCAAAAUGCGACUGUAAUCCACCAUAUUCGGCUGAAAAUGCGAUUGCUUGCCGAUCGGAUUUGAACCCACAAAAUGGAACUUAUCCAUUCAAAUCACUCGGUUUUAGAGAUCAUGGAGCUAUUGAUGUCAAAGCGACUGAUUCGAAAUUGAUUCAAACUUUGCAAUUCACAGCUGUAGCUGGACCACCUUAUGGAGCUGUGCCAGUUUUUGAUUGGAGAACUAGUUUGUUGAAGGAGAAAGUACCGCAUUUUGGACAACCGGAUAAAUGGACGUGAGUUUCGGGGAGAAAACUUUGGGGGAAAAUUAGAGAUUCUCUGCGAGAACUCAAUUUUUGCCUGAAAAAUUUGACAUAUCCCUAAUUUCACACCCUAACCACUUAUUUUCAUGAUUUUCUAGCAAUUUGCAAAAUCUUUCGGUAAAAAAUCAAAGAUUGGAAAUAUUUCAGCAAAAACUCGAAAAAACCUAAAUGUUCAAGUUUUCUACGAAAAAAACCUAAAAUCUCGUGAUUUUUUCAACCUAACCAUCUAAUUGUAUGAUUUCCUAGCAGUUCUCAUCCUUUCUACCUCUGAAAAACACACAAAAACCUUUGAAAACCCAAAAAAAAGAACUUUUCGAAAAAAAAACAUUUGCAAAAAAUUAAAGUAAAAAUGGAAGUGCGCUCCAACGUACACUCACGUCUCACGCGGGAAUUUAAAUUUGAAUUUUAACUUCGAAAACCACUUUUUUCCAGAUUUGCUCCAAUCACCUACAAAUGGAAAAAGCCACACAAAAAGCACGAAUAA